AAGCCUAACAAGGUUAAAAGUGCUGAUUUGAAGACACACAUGGAAGUGGACACACAGAACAGAAAGGCCUGAGUGGCUUGACCUUAAGGAGAAAUGAUCUCCCUCUUUCUCCACAUUUUUCAGGAGGACUAAAGCUGCUGAAACCAGCGCCUGUGGUGAUGGCUGCUAAUGCUUCAUGAUCUGUGGUGGACUUACACCUUCCAGUCUGCGCUCGCCAAACAACAGACAGAGGCGGCGGCUUCAACAAAUGAUUUGACAUGAAAUAUACGGCUCCAUGGAGCUUCUGAUCUCAGCUUGGACUCUGUGGGGAUGUCCAAAGGAAUUUUGUUUUUGGCUUCAGCAGCGAAACGAAAACGCUCCUGGCGCUGUGAUCCAGGUCUUCUGUGAACCCAGAGAUGUCUGAAGCAGUGGAGUGAACAUCCCAGAUGUUCAGUAAAUGCAGCUCAGAACGAUAACUGUCAACUGGUAGAUAAAAGGUGGAGUUUGUAAAGAUUAAUAUCAAUCAAAAUGGCAGACGGUUUAGAGUUGAGCCCCUGUCCCAACAUCCCCUCCAAGAAGGCCAAGAUGACAAACGACCCAGUCUGUCAUGGUACGGAGGGCAAAACCCAAGACCCGUCAGCGCCAGUUUUUGUUCGUAAACUCCGUAAAGCUGCAGUGGGAACAGGUUGUGAUAUUCGACUUAGAGUUUCUGUGUUGGGACAUCCUGAACCUUCACUGACCUGGUACCACAACGAAACACUCCUUCCCACCUCAGAAGCUCAGGACCCAGGAGGGCUAUGGAUCCGGGACUGUCACACAACCGAUGCUGGCCUCUAUACAUGUGUGGCGACCAAUGAGCUGGGAGAAACCAGCUGCAGUGCUGUGUUGGCCGUUAUGGACCUCGGUGAAGAGAACUGGGCAUUCCACACGGACAUUUGGCAGAUUGACCCAUGCGAAGUUUUCCGCUCCUGCCGAAAGCAAAGCUAUGACUCUGAGACCACAGAGGACGAGACCACAGAGCCACAGAUGGAAACCAAAGAAGGGCCGAGGAAGCACCAGGACAAAGUUGGACGAAAAGGACCCUCAGGUGAGGGAGGAAGGAUGAUGGACUACAACCCAGAUGCUUCAGACCGCAGGGCCACCCUCCCCGGCACCUACGACCCGGUGGUGGAGCGAGAGCUCCGCGCUCUGGGCUCCCGUCCCCCGGGGCUACAUUUGGACCCCUCAAACCCAGCCAGGCAAGCCUUUGACGGCAGCGGGGGUCCUGUUGAGGGGGCCCCACCUGUCCGUCACCUGGGAGUGGAACCCCUUAUCCGGGCAUCUCACGCUAACCUGGCCCGGCCCGUUCAAGGGUCAGAGGAAAGUGUUUCUGUCGGCAGCGACUACUACGGGAGCAUGUUCAGCCUCUACAGAGGGAGAACAUUUUCAAUGCCUACAAAAGGACACUUCUGCAUCUUCUCCUCCAAAGAACUUGCUGAUGUGCUUGGUCUCUUAUGUCACACCUCCCAUCUUCCCCCCAAUCCUCACCCCUCCAGGACUCAAACUGCUCGUGAGUCAUGGGGGCUCUCCUCCAGUGGCCCCUCGUCUUCUCACCUGCCGCCUUUAGAUGCGGGCAAAAACAGCAGCGGCGUUCAAAAACGAGAGGCCGACAAAGCCGAGCCAUCGGACCCUGAAGCUUCUAAGCCUAUCCGGACGACCGACGCCGACGGCGGCGUCAUGACCCCCAAACUGGCCCGUGCAGGACCCAAGAUCUUCGACAGAGUCUGGGCUUUUGAGGAGCGGAGGAGGAGUGCGGAUCUGCCCGAUGACAGCAGAAAGAAGCCAGGAGGCCCCGGCAGAGAGGAGGGACGGGCCCCGCAGGGUGCAGCCCAGAGGAGAGCCGCAUUCCAGCACCGGGCGUCCUCAUUGGAGGACAGCACCGGUUACUCCCAGAGGGUCCAGAGCUACCAGAACAAGUUCACAGAGGAGCUGCAGAGGAUCAAGAAACUGGUGGGGAGGUCCAGCCUGAGGAAGGCCUUUUCCACCGAGCAGCUGAGCCAGAAGGACCAGCCCAGCGCUGGGAGAGUGGAGCCCAUUCCUCAGAGAGUGGUUCAGAGGCUGGAGGAGAGGGAGAAAGCCCUGGAGGAGCGACGAGCUGCAGGGAGGGAAGGAGCUGCAGGGAGAGAAGGAGCUGCAGGGAGGGAAGGAGCUGCAGGGAGGGAAGGAGCUGCAGGGAGAGAAGGAGCUGCAGGGAGGGAAGGAGCCGGCAAGGAGCAGACUUCUCCACAGGCACGAGGCAGGAGUUCAGGGAGUCAAAGGAGCAGGCCUGAAAAGGAGAACAUGACACGGAGCGUGGACGACUCAUCGCGGGAAGGCUCGGGGAAAAGCUCUGUUGUCACGGAAACGGCGCCAGUUCACCAGUUACCAGGACGACCAUUUCCAACAGCCAUAAAGAAGAGCCCAAUAAGAGAACUGGGAGCAGAUCCAGAAAGAGACAACAAAUCCAACCACAGGUCGCGCAGCCCAACAGGAAAAAGAACGUCUCCAAAAGCUGCGAGGGAACCGGGGUCCCCGCGUGCAUCCAAACCCUCCCACCUGACCUCGCCGCCCGCUCCCUCGGUCAGCCCCGUCUCGAAAAAGAGACGGGCGGAGGAGGCUUUAAAAGCGACGGUCCCCACACUCCUGGUGGAGGACGAGCCCGUGGAGGAGGAGCGCGGGAGGAGGGAGGGAGGAGCUCGCAAAAGCAAGUCAACAAAAGCCAGGUCUCCGGAGGAAGGUGGUUCUUCUGAUGACCCCUACCUGUCUGCUGACGAGGACCCUGCCGAGGGCCCUGGGUUUGAGAAGCCUCUCGAGGACACUACUGCGCCAUGUGGCUCUGCGGUCACACUAACAUGCAUCAUCACCGGUAGCCCAGCUCCUACAGUGACAUGGAGGAAGAAUAAUGUGGAGCUGCGGAGCGAUGCUUUCUACGCCGUUAAAUCCGAGGGCGAGAAGCACAGCCUGGUGAUCAGGGAGAUGAGGCCGCACAACGCGGGGUCGUACUGCGUCACAGCUGUCAACGCGGCGGGCAGCGCAUCCUGCAGCGCCACCCUCUACGUCCUGUCAGGUGAGAGCGGGCCAGACAUGGACAGAAACAAGGUGGCCCCGUGUGACCAGACGGUAACUGAAGGUCAAGAUGUUGUUUUGUCAGUAAAAGUCAGAGGGCAGCCUAAACCCACGCUGCUGUGGCUGAAGGACAGAGUUAAGGUGAGGACAGCCGGGCGAGUCGCCGUGCAAGAAAAAGAAGGCGGCUCCUUUGAAAUGAGGAUUGGAUCGGCCCAGAAGUCAGACGCGGGUCUUUACGUUUGUAAGCUCAUCAGUGAGUGUGGAACCAAGCAGGCGGAGUGCAGGGUGGAGGUCAGAGCCUCGGAGCACACGGAGCUCAAAGUCACCAGAGAGGUGAAAGACGUGGCUGUGAAGGCCGGGGAGUCGGCCACGUUCGAGUGUCACGUCACGGGACCUGCGGAGGUGGACAUGGAUUGGCUGUCUAACGGGAAGCUCGUCCAGCCAGCACUGCUCAACUGCAAGAUGCAUUUUGAUGGGAAGAGGUGCCGCCUCAUUCUGAAUUCAGUCCACGAGGACGACAGCGGGACGUACACUUGCAAGCUGAGCACCACCAAAGAGGAGCUGACUUCAAGUGCAGUCCUGAGAGUCACGCCUUCCAGGGAGCCUCUGUUCACUCGUAAACUGGACGUCCUGGAAGUGAUGGAAGGACGCACGGCGCGGUUCGACUGUAAGGUGAGCGGCUCGCCUCCGCUGCGACUCACGUGGAUGCACUUUGAGACACGAGUGGAGGAGAACGAUAACGUUCACAUCCUCCGAGAGGGGGGGCGUCACUCACUUGUCAUCGCCCACGUUAGCAGCGCCACAGAAGGCUUUUACACAGCAAUCGCUCAGAACAUUUAUGGAAGGUCUGAAUGUACUGCUGAGCUGUACGUGCAAGAACCCAGAGCUGCCAUUUCUUCCCACAUGGCCAAGUUAGAGAAGAUGCCAUCCAUCCCCGAGGAGCCCGAGGUUCUGGAAAACGAACUGGAGAGGAGGACUAUGCCAGACUUUGUCAAACCUCUCGCUGAUGUCGAAGUGAUUGAAGGGAAGGAGGCGGUGCUGAGAUGCAAAGUGGAAGGUUUGCCAUACCCGACCAUCUCCUGGUACCACAACGGCAAACGCAUCGAAAGCAGCGAGGAGCGCAAAAUGACUCAGUACAGGGAUGUCCACAAUUUGGUGAUCCGGAACGCAUGUCAUGCUCACGGUGGAGUCUACAAGGCUGUGAUCGCCAACAAAGUGGGCAAAUCAGCCUGCUAUGCGCAUCUCUAUGUUACAGACGUCGUGCCCGACCCUCCUGACGGUCCUCCAGUGAUCGAGGCCAUCACAGGGAAAACUAUAACCCUUAGCUGGAAGCCACCAAAGAGGGUCGACCCUUCAUUUGAUUCCAGCUCCUUGCUGUACGUGGUCCAGCAGCAGCCUCUGGGCUCCAUCCAGUGGUCUGUUGUGGUUUCCAACCUAAAGGAGACUAAUUACACCGUCACCUCCCUGUCCAAAGGAGUCCGUUACGCCUUCAGGGUCCUUACGUCCACCGGGAAGACACUUAGCAAACCAUCGCCUUCCACUGAUCUGGUCCAGCUGCUGGACAGAGGGCCAUAUUUAAGGAAAGCACCAGUUAUUUUGGAAAAACCUGAUGUUGUUUACGUGGUAGAAAACCAGCCAGCAAAUAUCACCAUCACCCUGAACCAUGUCCAUGCAGCUGUCACCUGGAAAAGGAGGGGGGUGGUGUUGGUGAACAAACCAGGAACACUGGAGAUGAGCAUGCCCGACGAUGAUCAGCACACCCUGAGGCUACAGCGGGUCAGGAGCACAGACGUCGGCCAGCUGGUGGUCAUGGCCAGCAACCAGUUUGGCAGCGACCUCUGCACACUUCAGCUGGCCCUGGCAGUUGCUCCAAAGUUUGAAAGCAUCAUGGAGGAUGUGGAUGUACAUGUUGGGCAAACAUCUCAUCUGGCUGUAGUGGUGGAAGGGAAACCGGAUCCAGACAUUCUGUGGUUUAAGGAUGAAGUCCUUCUAUCUGAGAGCAGCCACUUCACCUUUGUGUAUGACGACCCCGAAUAUUCCCUCGUAGUCCUGAACGCUCAGCCCGAACACUCGGGAGUGUACACCUGCACUGCGAAGAACGUGGCCGGCUCCGUCUCCUGCAAGGCUGAGCUCACAGUCCACACAGAGCAAAAGGAAGCAGCAGAGCCAGUGGAGGACGAGGGCAGCAUUCUGAGGAAGAUGAGGCGUUUGACGGAUUACUAUGAAAUCCACAAAGAGAUAGGGAGAGGGGCCUUCUCCUACGUAAAGAGAGUCACGCUCAAGAAGGAAAAAACUGAUUUUGCUGCAAAAUUCAUUUCUGCUCGGGGAAAGCGGAAAGCCUGGGCCCUCAGAGAGAUGGAGCUGCUGUCAGAGCUGGACGACGAGAGGAUUGUUUUCUUUCACGACGCUUUCGAGAAGAAGAACAUGGUGGUGCUCAUUACUGAGCUAUGUCACGAGGAGCUGCUGGAUAGAAUGACCAAAAAAACAACAGUCCAGGAAGUGGAGAUUCGCAGUUGUGUUCUUCAGAUUUUGGAGGGUCUUCAUUAUCUUCAUCAAAAAAGUGUUGCUCAUCUUGACGUGAAGCCUGAAAACAUCUUGAUGGCAAACCCGGGGAGUGACCAUAUCCGUAUCUGUGACUUUGGAAACGCUGUGAAAUUGGAUGCUUCGGAGGAGUACUACUCCAAAUAUGGCACACCGGAGUAUGUUGCUCCUGAGAUUGUUAACCAAACUCCUGUUUCCCAGGCAACAGACAUAUGGCCUGUCGGCGUCAUCACUUACCUUUGUCUUACUGGGGUGUCUCCUUUUGCUGGUGAGAAUGACAGAGCCACCGCCCUAAACAUCCGCAACUACAACAUAGCGUUUGAGGAAAGCAUGUUUUCAGAUCUCUGCAAAGAAGCCAAAGGAUUUGUCAUCAAGCUUUUGGUGGUGGACAGACUGAGACCUAGUGCUGUUGAGUGCCUUCGUCAUCCUUGGUUCAAGUCACCAACAGAUAAGAGCAUCAGCACAGCAAUGCUAAAGGAGGUUCUUUCCAGAAGGCGCUGGCAGCGUUCUCUCAUUGGCUACAAAUCCAAAAUGGUAAUGAGGUCCAUCCCAGAGCUGCUGAAUGACUCAUCCAGUCACGUCUCCAUUGCCGUGACCCGUCAUCUAAAAGAAGGCUCCCCGCCACCUUCGUCUUCAUCUGAUUCAGACGCAGAUGUGGACGAGCUUCCCUUUAUUCCUACGCCCCUAUCUGUGGUCUUCUCUGGUUCCAGAGUGUCUCUUAAUGAGAUCCCAGGGGAAGAGGGUGUCAGACGGUCGACUGUCGUUGAUGAUGGGAGGAAAAAGGACAUCUUGACUGAAGCGGGCACUGCAGGAGGGGCUGGUGAAAGCAUCACAGAUGAAACCCCAAAUGAGAAGAGGCUAGAAAGGUCAGAACAAGAUGCUCUCAAAAAAGAAGCAAGUGUUGAGUCCCACGAAUCGGAGACGAGAGCGAGGCGGGCCACGAUGAGAAGAGGCAGCUCUGCUGAUUCAGCGCUCCUUCCCAACAUUGACCCCGAAGCUGGAAAUGCAAAUGGAGAUUCUGAGGCGGGUAACAAGGGUCUAAAAAAGGCUGUUUCUAUGGAGCUACCAAACCGCAGCCCGAGCCCCAGAGCUGCAAACUUAAGCCAGGAGGAAUAUGCCCUAAAACUGGAGCUGAUGAGGCAGCGGCUGCUCCGGGGAGGGAACGUCAAUAAAAAGAUGAGCGGCCUGCGUGGGCCCUUGUUUGAGACACUAGGCAUGGAUGUGGAAAGGCAGACAGGGUCUCUUGAUCGAAACCUGAGGAGAUCCAGAGCGGGGUCAUCAGCGCUCACCCGAGCAGCGUCCUCCGAGAGUUCUGGAGAGGACACACCAAAGACCAAAGUUUUCUGUAAAAGCGUCUCCUUCACUCAGGGGGAUUCUGAGCCCAUGCCCCUGCACCGAAAGUUUGGAGCCCCCUUAGAGAUCCCAUCUGCCUGCGGUGCAAGCGUGGAGGGGAAGAAGCUUCAGGAGGCAACGUCAAUGUCUGCACUGACAGAACAACGAACACUAGAAUCUUUAUCUUCUUCACCAAGCGAGAAAACUUCCUUUGUAUUCCCAGCAGCAGAGAAACUGGACCAACAGUGCAAAAUGAACAAUGUGGAAGAACAUGAGGACCAAAGGACCAAAAUUCAACAUGCAUGGACUAAUAAAACUCCUAUAAUUGUAAUAGAAGAGGACGAUGGGGUGAGGAAAGACAGUCGAAUGUUGGAAAUGAAUGAAAAUAAAAUUAAAGAACACAAUAAAGCUGCAGCCAAAGCAAAUGAGAAGAAAUCUAACAGUACAUCUUCAUUACCCGAACAUCCAGCAGUAUUUGCCAAAGUAGCAACUGGAGACGGAUCCCCUGUUUCUGCUUCUUUUUCAUCGAACACUGAUCUUCCCACCAUGCCGCGCCAUCCAGUGCUCCGAACAGACAUCAAAGACAUUGAUUCAGAGGAGGUCUUUGAAGCCAGGUUUAAGAAGCGGGAGUCCUCUCUGACUCGUGGUCUCCGGAAGCUUACCCGGAACAAAUCUGAGGAGAAAUCACCUGUAUUAAGUCGCAAGGUGGUUGAAGGAGGUGAGGAGAUUUACAGGCCAGGACCAGGGGGGGCACCGCUUGAAAUGGUAUCUAGAGGACUACCAGAGAAAUCCAAGUCUGUUCAAGAUUUAAGAGAAGCGGAUCGGGAAACAGGACUCGGUCUGAUUGGGAGGUUCUCUCUGCGGGCCAAAAGGUCAACAUCUGCUGAGAAGAAGGGGGAGAAAUCAAAAGAGGGAAAGCAACCAAAUGUUCAGGAAAUGGCUGGAAAUAAGAGGGUUUCUUGGGCUGUUGGUCGCAGUAAGUCACUGGAUACAGCGGAGCUGAGUAACGCUGGGAUACGAAAGCAAGAGGAUGAAAGAGAGCAAGCGAAGGCCGAGGAGUCGUCGGUUUCUGCAAUGAGGCGCAGAUUUGAGUCUAAAGUGGCGGGUAUCUCUGCCAAAAUAAGGAGUCAGUCGGAGGAGAGGAAGGCCAAACAGGCAGAAGGGAGUCAGAAAGAUUCAGUUCAAAAAGAUCCCAAUAAAGUCUCUGAAUCGCCUGUGUUGGCAAUGCGUCAGAAGUUUGAGAACAAAAUGUCCGAAAUAUCUACAAAAAUACGGAGUCAGUCCGAAGAGAGAAAAGUAAACGCAGAGGGCAGAAGCACACCCCUGUUUGCUCGUCAUCGUCAUUCCCAGUCAGAGGGGCGUGGACUCAAAGAAAUGGGCAUCCCUGAGAACCAGCUGGCAAAACAAACAGGUGUCACAUCAUCAAAGGAAUCCAUCGAAUCCUCCUCCAGCAUGCAGUCGGACAGAGCCUCGGAGAGUGACCGACGGUCACGGUGGGACAGGUGGGGCUUGACCAGGGCGAAGAAGGACAAAACUUCUUCUCAGUCUGAGUUACCUUUGUCUGUACCCAAAAACGAAGGCUCGACAAAAGGCCAGCAGUUCGUCCGCUCUGCUUCCGAUUUCGCUCCAGUGUUCCACAUCAAAUUAAAAGACCAUGUUCUGUUAGAGGGGGAAUCCGUGACCCUGAGCUGCCUCCCAGCUGCCAGCCCACAUCCCAAAAUCACAUGGAUGAAAGAUCGGAAACCACUGGAUGUGAUGGAUGACAGAAUCAAACUCGUCUCUCACCCGGAUGGCAGACAGCUCGUAACAAUCCAGAAGUUGUGUCACAGGGAUGCUGGAGUGUACGAAUGUGGAGCUACCAACCCCAUCGCCACCAUCACCACCUCCUGUGCAGUUUCUAUUGCUUCUGUUCCCAAACGCCCAGGGACCCCUGAAGUAGCCCAGACCUACAACAACACGGCUCUGGUGCUGUGGAAGCCAGCGGACACCAAAUCUCCAUGCAGCUACUCUCUGGAAAGAAAAGCAGAAGGUGAUUCUCACUGGGUGACUGUUGCCACUGGGAUAGCUGACUGCUACUACAAUGUCACUGACCUGCCAGCAGGUGGCCCCUUCAGGUUCAGGGUGUCCUGCGUCAACAAGGCCGGGCAGGGUCCAUACAGCAGCUGCUCUGCUGUAGUCAGCCUGGACUCAACAGCUGAAGGAGGUUCACCUGCAGUUGCUGUAGUAAAAACAGUCGCAGCCCCUCUGGAGCCAGAGUUGGUCCCUCAACUCAGACCAGUCCAGGACAAGGACAACAGAACAGCCUCCACCCUCACCUCCUCUGCGGUCACCACCUCCUCUCCAUCUUUUGAACCCCUUCCAUCAUCAGCUACUGAAGACAGUCAAAAACUAAGCACCCCACUUCCUUUGUCUCCCACGAUAAAAACCUCUCCAUCCUUUGCCCUUCCCAAAACCCAGAGUCCAGUGAACGUGGUGACCCCAAUGACCCAGAAACCAUCACCUCUUGUAACCCCGCCCUCCACCCCGAUGAAACCUGCCGUGGCCUCGGUGCCCACCUACAUUCCCACGACUGCUGCCACUGCUCGUGUGGCUCCUACUCCUGUGUCUUUCUCCCCGCAAGUGCUCCAGACCUCCAGUCUGAGCCCCAUCGGAGAGGGACCGAGUACCCCUACCAGAGGAACACCAUCGGGACGAACCACACCCUCCACUGCUCUACGUCAGGGGGUUCCACAGAAACCAUACACGUUCCUGGAUGAGAAAGCCAGGGGCCGAUUUGGAGUGAUUCGUGAGUGCCGUGAAAACGCAACGGGCAAAAUCUUCAUGGCAAAAAUCAUUCCCUACAGUCCGGAGACGAAGCAGGAUGUGCUAAAGGAGUACGAGGUCCUGAAGUCCCUUCAUAACGAAAUGAUCAUGUCCCUGCAUGAGGCCUACGUCACUCCGCGCUACCUGGUUCUGGUGGCCGAGUACUGUACCGGCAAAGAGCUGCUCUACAGCCUCACGGACAGGUUUCGGUACUCUGAGGACGACGUAGCGGGCUACCUGGUGCAGAUCCUUCAGGCUGUGGAAUACCUCCACAACCACCGAGUCCUCCACUUAGACUUGAAGUCCGACAACAUCCUGGUGACCAACCUCAAUGCUGUGAAGAUUGUGGACUUCGGCAGUGCUCAGAUCUUCAACCCCCUCAACCUGAAACCUCAGAACUCUGAAGCGGGGACACUGGAGUACAUGGCUCCUGAGAUGAUAAAAGGUGAAGUUGUUGGGCCUCCUGCUGAUAUUUGGACUGUUGGAGUUGUCACCUACAUCAUGCUUAGCGGUCGACUACCGUUUGAAGAUAAAAACCCUCAAAAAGUAGAGUCCAAAAUUCUGAUGGCCACGUUCGACCCAACAAAACUUUACCCAAAUGUUUCCCAAAGUGCCUCAGCCUUUCUCAAGAAGAUGUUGAGCAGCUAUCCAUGGGCCCGUCCCACCACGCGUGAUUGCUUCACGCACGCCUGGCUGCAGGACUCCUACCUGAUGAAGCUCAGGAGGCAGACCCUCACCUUCAGCUCCAGCCGACUCAAGGAGCUCCUGGUGGAGCAGCAGAGCCACCGCGCAGAGAGCGCCACCAAGCACAAGGUGCUGCUGCGCACCUACCAGGGCUCGCCGCGAUCCCCGUCACCUGCCACGGCGCCGCAUGUUCCCACCCCGAAGUGAGACGGCGGCGAAAAAGCUAGGACUUUUUAGAUCCUAAUCUAAAAUCAAACACAAACAACUGCUCUUCUGUGAAGCAGCUCUGGGUGACAGAUGUCAGCUUACAGCACCGCUGGAAGCAUAACGCUGGAUUUCAUGAUGUUAUUUUGGGAUCGUUUGGAUUCAAAAUACAGACAGUUGUGUGUUUCCAAGUUUGCUUUAAAACCAGCGAAAGGACACGGGAGGUAGUUUCAUUCGCUCCUGAUUGCACAGUCUUCAUCACGUUGUUCUGAAAAUGCACAUUUUUGUGUUUGAUUUAAAUACUAUUUGUUUGCUGCACGAUCGGACCGGAACAUUAAUUACUUCUCUCGCAGUUUCGACGAUUCAAAAAGUUUUAGUUUUAGUUUUUUUGCGUUUUAGUCACACUUUAAAAUUUUGUUACAAAAGUUCUCUUCAGAAACAUGUUUACCUUCUUUUUUUUUUCCAUGUUAAUUUAUUUGCAUGUGUGUGCGUGAGCAUUUUGGAUUCACUUUUCGAAAUGAGCGGUAGGGCAAAGAAAGAAAAGAAAAAAAAAAACAAGUGUUUGUGGUUGAUGUUAAGUCAAAUUCUUUUUGUCUUGUUCUGUGAUCAAUUCUCAGAUCUGGCUGCAAAUGUAUAUAACUAAAAGCAGUUUGUAAUGUAGAUUUUUCUCUAACGUGCUGCUUUAUAACCAUAGUUUGUCAGUGUUACGCGUCCCGGUCAGUGCCUCAGAUCAUAAAAUUGUUUCAAAAGUCAAAAAUUGAUCACGACAUCCAGAUGCCAAGACAUAAACAGAGACAUGGAGUCCUUGUAAAAUUAGAAUGUACUGUAACAGUGUUCCUUUUGUAUGAUUUUGAACAGUUGAUGAUUUGUAAAUGUACCACUUUGCGGUGUUUCAAUGUGGAAAAUGAUGAAUAAUGUUUUCAUCAGCUAGUAUAUAAUAAAGGAUUGAUAAAUUUGGGAAUAGUAAA